CCCUCUCUCUGUUGAAGUCAUAGAGCUCAGACAAGGGUGUUUGCUGUGUUCAUACUAGCGCCACUCCUGUACAGUGCACUCAGCGCUGUGUUGUAAGACGGAAGAGGAGCGGAGCCACAGCGACACAAAACUAGACCCCACCUGUACUUUCCUGAAAGCUACUACACAAAGAUCAGCAUGGCAAACCAUGGUCCAGCCUACGGUCUGAGCCGUGAGGUCCAGAGUAAGAUUGAUAAGAAAUACGACCAGGAACUGGAAGGAAGGCUGGUGGCGUGGAUAGUCGCCCAGUGUGGCUCUGGCAUCGACGAGCCUGAGCCAGGCAAGAUCGGCUUCCAGAAAUGGCUGAAGGAUGGAUGUGUGCUCUGUAAACUCAUCAACAGUCUGCAUGGAGACAAGAAGCCUAUCAGGAACAUCAAGACCUCCAGUAUGCCUUUCAAGCAGAUGGAGCAAAUCUCCAUGUUCCUCAAAGCUGCAGAAAACUAUGGAGUCACCAAAAUGGACAUGUUCCAGACUGUAGACCUCUAUGAAGGCACAGACCUGGCUGCUGUCCAGAGGACCCUGAUGGCUCUGGGUAGUUUCGCAGUCACAAAGCAUGAUGGGUUUUACAAAGGAGAUCCCACUUGGUUCCAUAGGAAGGCCCAAGAGAACAGGAGAGACUUCUCAGAGGAACAGCUGAGCGAGGGCAGAAAUGUCAUCGGCCUGCAAAUGGGCACAAAUAAAGGAGCAUCUCAAGCUGGCAUGACAGGCUACGGACAAGCCAGGCAGAUUAUCAACAACAACUAAACCAAAGAAGCACCCCCCCCCCCAAUACACUCCUCCCUCUGUCCUCCGAAAGGCCAGUCAGCGAGGAUGAGGAAACUCUGACUCCGACCUUGGCCUUUAGGAGAAAAGUGACCUGACUCUGUUUUCGAGACAAAACUGGAUCAAAAAUACAGGGACCAACGAGAAAAUGUGCACAUAGACAGCCCACACUCCAUGUUGAGGAAACACACAGAAGCAGCGCUCGACAACAGCACAAGUGAUUAGACAUCUAGGCAGGACAUUGUGCAUGUAUGUUUUCAACUACACGUUUCAUCUUAAAUUACAUCUUUAGGAUCAUUACAGUUUAGCAUCCUUCAAGUUAAGAUCAAAUAUGCUUUUCAAUUCUGCAAAACAAUUACAUUUUAGAUUUCCUACCUUCCAGACAUCCACUGGUUUCAGUUCAUUUAAGUGCACUAUAAUAAUUCAUCUGAGACAUGAGACUGUCUUAAGAUAUUUAAUCCAUUCAACAAUUAAGUUUUCUUACUUCAAAAAGCCAUAAACUAUGCCCUUUCAGUGCAUUCAAGGACUCUCCGGUAAUGUGAGAUAUCCGAGUGCAUUGGACUAAACAACAAAAUCCAUGUUUGCAUUUUGUUAAUCUGCCAGUGUUGCUCUUCUGAAAGGGGAGCUAUCAAUCACCGGACUACAGGGCGUCCUUGAAUGAACCAACAAGAAGAGUUUUGAAAAUCUCCCCUGCUCAUGUUUGCAGGACAAGACAGCUAUAAUGCUACUUUAACAAAAAUGAAUGAUAAAAAGCAAACUGAGCACAUUGUUCAGUGUGAUUAAUGACCUGUUUCAAACCCUGCUGAUCCGUUGUGCAAUGGGAUGAACUGAAACAUGUGGCAGCCUGGACGUUAAGAAGUGCAGUGAGUGCUGUGGUUUACGAUCAUAUUAAGUCCAAAAUUUGAAGUUAAUAGGUUAUAGCAAACAAAUAUACCUGUAUAAUCAAGUGUAAGCAAGUGUAGAAAGUAAAUUUUCUUUUAGUUUAAAGUUUUAGUGACAAACAAAAUACAGUCAUGUGUGUUACACAUGCUCCAUAACAUAAUUUGCAUUUAGAUGUUGUCCACAAAUUUCUCAAACGUUGGACCUUCUCUUUAGCAUUUAAAGAUGAAGAAAAUAAAGAUUUCAACUGUAAA